AAUACUAUAUUAUUAUCUGAAAACCUAUUGUUUGUUCCAUUAAAUCACGUGUUUAUUAAGUAAUUCAAAAAAAACAAAUGUUUUAAUAAUAAUAAUAAAAAUCAAUUAAAUGAAUGAAUAAACAAAAAAUCGAUUUAAUAAACAAAAACAACAAUAAAAACAAAAUAAAAACUAAAACAUUAUUUUCGCUGACAUUUCGUUUAUUUUGACACUUAAGUGAAGACAUUAAUCAAUUGAUUGGUUUGUUUUUGUUUUUUUUGCGGACCAAACAACAAGACCGAUGACACCAAUUGUUUCCGCCGACGCCGCCAUUAAUGACUACUACUGACCACUAUUUAAAUCACAAAAACUUAAUGAUAAUGUGUGACCACCAGACGACAAUGAUUACCGCCGAUGACAACUACGAUGAACUUAACGACGAGAAUCAGCGACUGACUCAAGAGCUGUCAUACGAGCGCCGACUCAACGGACUGUUGGUUGAGAUGAAGAACUAUUGUCUUCUGGUUAGAGCUCAAUGCAAAUGUUCGGUCAAUACGGAUAUCUGGCCAAAGAUUGUCGCACUGAACGACAACUAUAAUGCUAUGAACAGGAGUCGCAGUCAUAACGUAUUUGGUUACCGAGGGUAUGCCACCCGACCGCACACCACUGAGACAGUUGCAGCCAAUCAUUGCUGCAAUUGUAACAAUGAUCGCUUCAGUAGUAGCAGACAAUCGAUGAUAUCAGUUACCGACAACUGUUGCCGCACUGACUAUAACACAGGAAACAGUAGUGAUAAUAGUCUAUCGAUAACUAAUCAGUCGACGUGUGUUUCAAACACUGGUCAGCGUCGGUCUAGCUCUACGAUUAAGCACGAAGUGGUGGUCAAUGGACGCGAAAUAUUACUACCGAACGUUCACAUAAAACAAGAACCAAUUGAUGAACUGAUACCCGAACCAAAGUUUACGACUAAUGUGACAACAAAUGACAACAAAGUGACAGCCAAUGGUAGUCAUAAUCAACAGAACAGCCAAAAUAAGACUUUGCCCGAAGUUUUUAAAGAUGAACCCAAAGUGAUACCCAUAUGUGUCGAGUGUUACGAAUGUUUCGAGUCUGAACGGGAACUCGAGAUUCAUAUCAAUAGUGUACAUAAAGCGCGGCCAUCGAUGGUCUAUAACCAGCAAAUCUUUGCCGGCGGUGGUACCGAUGUUUUGACUGCCACUAAACCACUACAAACUUACAGAUCAAUUAGUUUGGACGCAAAGGAUGUAAAGUACAAUCCAUUGUUUGCCAUAAACAUAACGACAAGCAAUAACUCAACAGCAGAUAUUUUAAAGCGAAAGAGAGGUCGUCCGCCAAAAUUAUCGCACAAUUAUCGACCGAUAAUAUUAUCUAAACGACCAGUUGGUCGGCCAAAGAGUUUGGAUCACAAACCAAACCACAGUAAUAAUAACAAUAGUAAUAAUAAUAAUAAUAACAACAACAGUAAUGGUAACUAUAAGCCAUUAUUGUUGGCUAAACGGUCAGUCGGUCGUCCAAAAAGUUUGGAUCAUAACAAACAAAACGCUGAGUCGAAAAUAAGUGAGAAUAGAUCUGUAGGACGACCGAAACUAAUGACAUCACCGAAGUCGUCGUCGUCGCCGACUGUGUUAAGUCCUGUUGGCAAAAGAGGUCGACCGAAAAAGUUGUUGUCACUCAAGAGUUGUCAUUCACUGAAGAGACCCGUCGGACGACCGAAAAAGUUAGUAAAUGGAAGUCUGAGUCAAUUAUCGACUAACGGAAUCAAGAAAGUGGACGACAAUAACAAAGACACAGUCAAUGGACAACAACAUGAUAUGAAGGCAAAGUUUCGGCUAAUCACCGAAAUUAUAAGACAUCAAUCAAGAGCUAAUGGAAAUGGAUUGUCGUUAUUAUCUGGUAGACGGAUGAACUAUGCGACAGCUGCUGUACAACAAAAGCUAACAAAUAGUAAUAAUAAUAAUAAGACAAAUGACAACAACAACAACAUUGGUAUCACCAGAAAGUUACUCAACAAUGCAAAGAUCAGACAAAAUGGUAGUCACGUAUAUGUAAAACAAAUGGUUAAACAGCGCAACAAUAACGAGAAUGUUAUCACAAAUAAUAAUAAUAUUAAAUCCAAUUGUGUGCUAAAAAUCAAGAGAGGAAGAGGUCGACCACCAAAACAUUUAUCGAAUCUGUCUGAUGACGACAACAAUGUCAAACCAGUGAAGUUGAUGGUCAACAAUGGUGUGGCCAACAAACGUACGGCCAAACAUCAGUUUAGUGCCGAAGAGAUACACAGUGUUUACGAGAACUGGAAACGGAGGCGCACUGAAAAAAACUCUACCAAAUAGUCUCAACAAAAAAAUAGUCAUUUAAUUUAAUUAAUUUGUAAUUUAAUUAUAAUUAUUAUUUUAUUAACGUAA